AUGUGGGGAAAAGAUGCAGAACUAUUGAAGAAAUAUUUCCUAACAGAGCAAGAAAAGGAUCCAUCAUUUAUGUUUGAAAUAGAUGCAGAUGAUGAAUGUCAAUUGAAGCGUUGUUUUUGGUCUGAUUUGGUUUGUAGAAGGGCUUGUGGAUGUUUUGGUGAUGUAGUGGUAUUUGAUACAACACUAAUCAGUAUGAAGAGCAUGCCUGCAAACACCCCAAAGAUGAUUAUCACUGAUCAAGAUCCUGCAAUGACAAAGGCUGUAGCUCAAAGUUUACCGAAUACAUUCCAUAGGUAUUGUAGUUGGCAUAUACUUGAGAAGUUUUCUAUAUAUUUAAAUACAAUCACUUACAGAGAUUUUUACAAUGAUUUCAAACACUGCAUUUGGGAAUCAGAACGUCCGGAAGAGUUUGAAAGAAAAUGGGCUUCUAUCAUCAAAAAGGAAAACCUACAUGACAAUGAAUGGUUAAAGUCAAUAUUUGAACUACGUUCAAGAUGGGUGCCGGCAUAUGUUAAUCAUGUAUUCUCAGCUGGAAUGUCAAGUAGCCAACGUGUAGAAAGCUCUCAUGCAUUUUUCAAGAGGAUAAUUUCGAAGAAAAAUUUAUUGAUGGAUUUUAUACUUCGAUUUAAUAGGGCACUUGCACAUCAACAUCACGAAGACUUAAAUGCUGAUCAUGUUGAUAUUAAUGAGAAGCCUGUUUUGAAACAGCCAUUGGAAAUGGAGAAGCAAAUGGCUGAGAUAUACACACGCAAGAUUUUUUAUACGUUUCAAGAUGAGUUGUGGCAUAGCUUAGUAACAGUGCCACAAAUUGUUAGUGAAAAUGAUACAAAUAAAAUGUAUACGGUCCAAAAUUGUCCAAAUGGAGGUGUUCCAAGGUUUCAGGAAAUUCCUUAUGAUAAAGUUUUGGACUAUGCAUCAUGUAGCUGUAAAAAGUUUAAGAGUGAAGGGAUUCCAUGUAGACAUAUUUUGGCAUUUUUGCGACUCUUUGGUGAUAUUCCUGUACCGAAUCAAUAUAUAAUGAAAAGGUGGACUAGAGUUGCAAAAUCUCAAAUAAUAUACGAUAAGGAAGAACUUGUUGAUAGCAUCAUGUCAAAUGAAGAGGCAGCUGUAAUUGUGAAUGAUGCUCUGCAAAGUUUGGUUGAUCAGUUUAAAUCCAUAGGUGGUAGCACAAAGAGUGGAGGCAUUUCUGAAAAAGGUGGUAAUGUUAAUGACACAACUCUGGAAGACCCAUCUCAGGUGAGGGCAAAGGCAUGUGGAAGAAGAUUAAAAGGGGAGAAAGAGAAGGCAACAAAUGCUGCUAAGUAUAGAGGUCGACGUUGCAAUGGAUGUGGAAAAAUUGACCAAGCGCACGACAAAAGAAGCUAUCCUAUCCUUAACAAAUGGUAA